AACUCUGCAUCUGCACAAUUGAAGAAGAAGAAGAUCAACGACUCUUCUAUCGUCUGUACUGAAAUUGCAUAAAAUUAGUAGGUCAUAUGAUAUAACUCGCCGUGAUUCCAAUCUUGUUCAAAGACGCAGAGAGAAGAUAAAUAGGGUAGAAACAGAGAGUUCUUCUUACCUAGGUCAAUCCGCCAAUUCAACUUUUACAACUGUCAUAUUUACGAGAGGCGAAUGCACCACCCAUCGUAGUUUCACACCAAAAUCCAGCCGGGUUUCUUACAAUUUCGAGUCUUUAAUGGAAGACGCCCCGCAGUCGCAGAAGAAGAAAUCAUUAUCCGAGGAUGAUAAAAGGAGAAAGAAGAUUAAGCCUGGAGGGCUGAUGAAAGCUCCGAUGAGGUCUGGUGAGGGCGAUUCAAGACCUUCUUCCGGUGAUCAGGUUAUAUUCCAUUGCACAGUCCGCACGCUAGAUGGGGUUAUUGUAGAGUCGACAAGGAUGGAGUUUGGAGGAAAAGGUAUUCCAAUAAGGCAUGUUUUAGGCAAAAGCAAAAUGAUAUUGGCACUACUAGAAGGACUUCCAACUAUGCUAAAGGGGGAAAUUUCAAUGUUUAAGGUGAAGCCUGAGCUACACUAUGGAGAGGAGGAUUGCCCUGCUUCGGCUUCAGAAAACUUCCCAAAGGACGUGGAACUUCAUUUUGAGAUCGAGCUUAUUGAUUUCUCUAAAGCCAAGGUCAUAAGUGAAGAUUUCGGAGUUAUCAAGAUUGCAGUAGUUGAAGGCCUUGGUUGGGAAACACCUAGGGAACCUUAUGAAGUUGAAGCUUGGAUUUCUGCAAGGACGGGUGAUGGAAAGGAAAUCCUGUCACGUAGUCAAGAAAAACCAUUUUUCAUUACCCUUGGAAAAUCUGAGGUACCUAAAGGUCUUGAGAUGGGUAUAGGGACAAUGUCAAAAGGAGAGAAGGCAAUAUUUUAUGUGACGGAGCAAUAUUUAACUGAAUCUCCUCUCCUUCCAUUGCUAGAGGGUAUUCAAGAAGUUCGUUUUGAUGUGGAACUGGUUCACUUCAUUCAGGUGCGAGACAUGCUUGGAGAUGGACGUCUAAUAAAACGUCGUGUCCGAGAUGGACAAGGAGAAUUUCCAAUGGAUUGCCCUCUCCAUGACAGUCUAUUGCGUGUCCAUUACAAAGGCAUGCUUCUUAAUGAAGAAAAAACAGUUUUCUAUGACACCAAAUUUGAUAAUGAUGGUCAGGCAUUGGAGUUCGGUUCAGGAGAAGGGCUAGUGCCUGAAGGGCUUGAAAUGUGUGUUCGUCUGAUGUUGCCUGGAGAGGUAGCUCUUGUAACGUGUCCUCCUGAUUAUGCAUAUGACAAGUUUCCAAGGCCUCCUACGGUUCCUGAAGGUGCUCACAUCCAGUGGGAAAUUGAGCUACAUGGUUUUGAAAUGACUAAGGAUUGGACUGGUUUGAGCUUUAGAGAGAUAAUGGACGAAGUUGAUAAGAUGAAGGGCACGGGGAACAGGCUCUUCAAAGAAGGCAAGUUCGAACUGGCCAAGGCCAAAUAUGAUAAGGUGCUCCGUGAAUUUAAUCACGUGAACCCACAAGAUGACGAUGAAGGGAAGGAGUUUUCUGAUACUAGGAAUCUACUGCACCUUAAUGUUGCUGCCUGCUAUCUCAAACUGGGAGAAAGCAGAAAAUCCAUAGAAGCUUGCAAUAAGGUUCUGGAUACAAACCCGGUUCAUGUGAAAGGCCUAUAUCGUCGUGGAAUGGCAUAUAUGUCAUUAGGUGAUUUUGAGGAUGCCAGAAAUGAUUUUAACAAGAUGAUUACUGUGGACAAGUCAUCUGAAUCAAAUGCAAGAGCAGCUCUGCUUAAACUAAAACAGACAGAAAUAGAAAACGAGAACAAAGCCAGGAAGCAGUUCAAAGGUCUGUUUGACAAGAAACCCGGAGAAAUAGCUGAAGUUGGACAUGUUGAGAAGGAAGAAGAAGUUGUUGGUGGUGGUGAAGAAGAAGAUAAAGAUAUUAAUGAUUCAGAUAAAGACUUUGAGGAGGAGGCGCCCAUUGAUGCUGCGGGUGCAUAUCCUCGAGCAAGCUUCCUAUCUCAGUUAUGGCCUGCGGGUAGAAGACUAAUCCGAGCACUUAGUCAAAGAUGCUCAAUUUUGUAA